AUGACUGAACUCCUCAGUCAUCCGUCAUGGUUUACUACGAAGAAAAUUAGCUCAUAUUUAUUCUUAACUACUGAAGACCACUUCUUUCAAAGCAAUCGAUCAAAUAUUUGGCUCCUACGUGGUACUGCACGUGAUCUAAUCAUUGAUUGUGGUUUAGGCGUUUGUAAUUUGAAGAAGCAUUUGGAAAAUCUACAUUUACUUAUUCAAGAUCGUGAGUGUAUUAUUCUGUGUACACAUACUUAUUUUGAUCAUUGCGGUGGAGCACAACAUUUCGAGAAUAAAAGUAAAAUAUGGAUUCAUCAAGAUGAUUAUAAUGGUCUACGAAACGGUCGACAAGUAGAAACAUUGAAUUAUGUACAACCAACGCAUUUUUUUCAACAACCUUAUCAAGGGUUUUCCUCACAUCAAUAUCGGCUACCGGCGACAAAAUGUGAUCCCAUCAUGGAUGGACAUCGAAUUGAUUUAGGUAAGGAAUCAUUUUCAUUCACUGUUAUCUAG